AUGGCGAGGCAAGCUACGGGUCCAAAUGAACACCCUAGUAAUAAGUGUUACUCAAGCAAACCAGAAGCUCAAUUUGUCAAUUUGAAAUCAAGAGGAGGUUUGACUUACCCAAAUGAUUUUAUUUUUGGAUUAUUGACUGCUGUAGAAAAAUCAUUUGUAACGCAUUGUGAAGAUAAUGAUGUUUUCUUGUUAACUCUUGAUGAUUUUUUCAAUAACAAUAAGUUAAUUAAUUUUCCUUGUAUUCAACAUAAGACAUACAUAUUAACAACUGUAAUAUCUAACUUCAUAAUCAUGCGGAUGAGACAAUAUUCGUUAAUAACAAAUAAGAAUACAACAAAGGUUAAUGCAAAAAAAAAAAAAUUAUCCAAACUUGUUCCUACUUAA